AUGGCCACCAACAUUCGCAGAGCGCCUUAUCGCUUUCUUCCUUCCGUCAAUAGAGAUUCGCUCUCCGAUUCCACCUUCGAAUUCGACGAAUCCGAUCUCUAUAACUCCGCACGCGCUAACUCUCCUGAAUUCCGCAAAUCCGUACGCGCAUCCAGAUUCCAUAAUAACUCCUCUUCCUCUGGCGGCCGCGACGGUGCUCCGGCGUCGCUGCCGGUGAACGUGCCGGACUGGUCAAAGAUCCUCGGCAACGAGUACGGACAGAACAGGAGGCGGAGUGACGACGAUGAAGCGCUGAGCGAUGAGGAGGACGAAGCAGGGAGAGUGCCUCCCCACGAGUUUCUGGCGAAGACGAGAAUCGCAUCGUUGUCGGUGCACGAAGGAGUUGGGAGAACUCUCAAAGGACGCGAUCUUAGUAGGGUUCGAAACGCGAUUUGGGCGAAAACGGGAUUCCAAGACUAG